UAUUUUGGACAUUUUGCUGUCUUACAACUGUAAUAAGAAGGUUGCAUGGUUGGUAACGACACAUGAGAUGACACACUGAUACUCCAGAUAUCUGAUGAUGGCUGAAAGUAGCUCAAGUAGCAGUGGCUGGGAGUUUGUAGAUAAAGAAGGAAGAAGUUUGGAGAGUUCUGAUGAUAACCAGAGUGAGACCUCUGAAAGUUCAAUUGAGGUUGUCACUAUGGAUACCAGUGACCCUCAGUCUUUGGAGUCAAUUCAGGAGCCACUUUUACCUUCUCCCACAUCUGGAUCAUACCUUGUUCUAAGGCUAAGGAGUAAAGAAAAAGAUUCUCUGACAGAAUCUGAUGAAUCUGACCACCACCAAGACAGAGAUCAAGGGAAUCUGAAGAGACGUAAGAAGUCAAAAUCUAAAUUUCCCAAGUCACAGGAUCUCUCUUUUUUGUCGUCAGGGUUGUUAACACCUAGUGAGGAGGAAAGGGACUUUGAGACCAUUCCUGAUCCUCAAAAGGAGAAAGCUGAAAAUUGUCCAAACAAAGGAGAAAAGGAGACAGUUGAAGAACUAGCUGAAGAAGAAAUACAGAAUAGCUUGCAGGCAGGAGAAAAUGGUCCCAUGCAGAGUUUCCAGGUUUUGGAGGCUCCAUGCACAGAAGACCAGGAACCACUUAAUCCUCCUCCUUUCAUUGAAAAUGGAGGGGUGGAUCAAGGGUCAAGAGAGGAGGAGGAGGACUUUAUGUUUCUUGGAGUUCCCCAAGAUGACCCAGAUACUGAGUCAUCCCCAGAAAUGGCAGACGAGCAGGAUGAUCGCAUUGAGAGUGACCGGAGUGAUGAUCGUCACAGCGAUGAUUUCUCCACACUGUCCAAUGUUGACAUCAGUGACCUAAUGGCUGAAAACAACCUCAUCAGACAAUAUGUAUUUAGACCUAAUCCAACCGUCAAUGUGACCUUGAACUUAGUGAUGGUUGUGGUGAUUUCUAUUGCUGUUGGUCUAGGCAUUGGUCAUGCUAUUGGAACUGCCAAGGAGAGAUUUGUCAACAUGAACUUAAGAGAAAUGUCUGUCAACAUUGAUGAAGAUGGACACUGCCAAUUUGAUAUGGAGGAUGUGGAAAAGUUAACUGUAGAAAACAUUGCACUGAAGAAAGAGGCAAACAAGGCUCAAAAUGAAGUUGUUGACCUUCGUUCAGAGGUGAUGAAACUGAGGUAUAGUUCUAUUGUGACAUCUGCAGAGGAGGAAAAAAGAACAGCUAACAAGAAAAACUUGGAACUCAAAUUAGAAGUGAACAAGUUGCAGCAUGAAAAUGAAGACUUGAAGAAAUUGGUAGGAAGUUUGAAGUAUGGAUCACACCCAGGGAAUGAAGAAGGUAAACUGUUAGAUGAUGAGCUGCAGAAAAGUGGGUCACUAAUAUCUUCUUGUGCACAUAAACGAGACAAUGAACAUGAUGAAAUGGAAGAAGAAAUGAAUGAUUCUAUCAAUGAAGUCAAAACUGAGGAGAAUAUGGAGAGCCUCUCUGAUGGACAGAGGGAGGGGGAUAAAAAACAUGUUAGCAUCAUUGAUGUCGUACACCCGUUUCCUCAUAAUUUAGAUAUUGAUUACCAUGUUACUGAAUCUUCUGAGAAAAAUGAUAUUGAGGACAAAAUUGAAGAUAGUAACAAUGAAAGGAGCUCAGAGCAAAUUUCCCAAAGUGAGAACAAGAUUGAUAGAAUGCCAGGUGUAUUUCCUUCUGGUGACCACAAGAAUGUUGCAGACCGAUCAGAAGAAUCUGAACAGUUGCAGGGGAGUGAAGUAAACAUUGAAUAUCCAGGAACAAACAUAGAAAAAGGGUUGAAAUUGGAUCCUUUGGAAGGUGAAUGUGAAGGUAUUGGUAAAAUAAAAGACAUUGAAGAGGAAAUGGUAUGGGAAGAUUCAUCUGAAAUAAAAUCUGAGUCAUUGGAGUGUGGAUAUGAAGAUAUUGAAGAGGAUGUGGAGAUUCUGGAUGAAGACUUAGGAGAUGAGGUAGUGGAGGAUGAAGAUGUGUCUAACACAAGCUCAGAAAGUAUCCUGAAUGCAGAGGAGCAACCAAACUCAAGGUCUGGGGGCCAAGGAUCAGAAGAGAAUAAUUUCAAGAAGGAAAACAGUCAGUCCAGUAUGAAGACUGAUUGGAGAGAGACGAUGCACAAGAUCUUAAACAAAACCAAGGCUUCGGUGUCAGUUGUUUCUCAGCAGAUUCAGGACACAUGGAAACAGGUGAAAAAUAUGUCUGAAGAUCUUUGGAAGAAAAAUGAGCCAGUUCUUACAAAGCUAAAAAGUAAUGUAGUCAUGAAUGUUGAAGAGGCUGCCCAGAAGAUCUCAGCAAAGCUGGAAGGAGCCAGGAACUGGUUAAGACAUCAUAGAGCUUAUCCAAGACACAAACAGAAUGAUGAUUACUACACAGAGAAAAGACACAAACAUAAAAACCACCACUGGAGAAAUCAUAAAGAAGAUAAAUAUCCAAGGCAUAAACAAAAUGAUGAUAUGUACCAAGAGAAGAACAAAAAAGAUUCCAAGUUUUUCAAGGCAAGAACUGGAAGAAGAUCAUUCCAAGAAGAAAAAGAUGAUGAUAAGCCAUGGGCCAAACACCAAAGAAAAGCAGAAAGAUUUGAGAGGAAGAGAGACAGAAAAUUCCAAAAAAUCAAAAGAAGAUUUGAAAAGAUGCAUGAAUACCAAUUCUGUAAGAUGAAUAUGAAAAAGAGGCAGAAGUUCUUUAACAUACUGGAGGACUUUGAUGAACGAUUUAGUGCUGAUAAAAUGUACGAUGCAGAUCAUAUGUGGUACAGUUGUCAGUGGGAUUGGUGGUGGAAUGCCAUGUCUUUCCAUCUAAACAACUUUAUGUUGAUGGAUCCAAAUUGCCAGGGAACAUUGUUACCAUGGCAGGAGGGAAUUUUGGUUUCUGGGAGAUGGGAAUGCCCUGGAUUCCCACAAAAUCUAAACAAACAGAAUCAGUUUACAUUCAAGUUCCAUGAUUAUGAAGAUGAUGAUGAUGAUGAUGACGAUGAUGAUGAGAGCAGUGAAAAACACUUCAAUAGCAUGCCUUAUUUUGGUAACUUGAACCUCCAGCAGACAAACAAUGAUACAGAAGAGUUCAGAGGCUGUGAUCCAACCAAAGGACUUUGCGAUUAUAAUAAAUAUGACUCCUGGUACCUGAAGAAAAUGAAGUUUCGUCAAUAUCAGAGAUUUAUAGACACUACAGAGAAAGGUAAAACUGAAUGGAUGUUUGCAAGGGCCAACUACAGGCGACAUGAAAGGGAGAAAACUGACUGCAGUCCUGGUGUUCAUGGGGUGUAUGUGUGUGGGUAAUAUGACACACUGACUCUGGUUUUACUGAUAGAAAACUUGUCUGAUUUUUAGAUUUUCGAUAUUGUCAUUUAUCAUUGGUAACAGAUGUCUGGUACUUCAAAAAUACAGCAUAUUGUUUAAGGUAUUUGUAGUAAAAAAAAAUUCUUAAUUCUUAAGUGAUUGCAAAAAAAAAAAAAGAGAAAAACUUUAAUUAUAGACACACUGGAAGUACGGUAAAUUUAGUACUUAAAUAUUAUGUACUCAUUUUAAUUUUAGCUCACCUGAGCUGAAACCUCAAGUGAGCAUUUCUGAUCACUUUUGUCUGGCAUCAGUCUGUUUGUCCAUUUAUCUGUCAUCCAUCUUUCUUUGUUAACUUUUCACAUUUUCAACUUUUUCUCAAGAAUUACUGGGCCAAUAUUUUAACCAAACUUGCCAUAAAGCAUCCUUGGGUGAUGGGAAUUCAAAGUUGUUCAAAUGAAGGGCCACACCCUUUUGAAAGGGAGAUAAUUAAGAAUUAAUGAAACUAAAUGGCAUCUUUUAAAAAUCCUCUUCUCAGGAACAACUAUGCCAGAAAAGAUGAAACUUGUGUGAAAGCUUCAUUACGUAGUGUAGAUUCAAUUUUGUUCAAAUCUUGACCUCUGGGAGUAGGGGGGGGGGGGGGGAGCCACAAUAAGGAGAGCAAAGUUUUACACCAAAAUAUAUGGGGGAAAAAUCUUAAAAAUCUUUUUCUCAAGAACAAAGCCAUUAUUAAUCAUAUUAAUAAAGAAGCAUCCUUGGUACAAUUUUGUUCAAAUCAUGACCCCUUGGGAUAGGGUGGGGCCACAGUAGAUGAUCAAAAUUUUACAUAGGAAUAUUUAGAAAUUUUUUAAAAUCUUCUUUUCAAAAGCAGCAAAGCCAUGAUUAAUCAUAUUAAUAUGCAAGCAUCUUAUCUGCAGGUAGUUUAGAUUAAGUUUGUUCAGAUCAGGGCCCCUGGAAUAGGUUGAAGCUUCAAUGGGGAUCAGAGUUUUACAAAGAGUAUGUAGGAAGAAAACUACCAAGAGUGGCAAGGCCACACUAAAUCACAUUUAUAAGCAAAACAUUCCAAAGUUUGUGGAUUCAUUUUUUAAAUAAUGAACCCUUGGGUUAGGGAUGGAUCAAAAUUCUACACAAUGCAUGUGUACAGAGAAAAAAAUCCAGAACAGAAGAUUCAAGUUAGUCAUAUUGAUAGUCAUCCAAAUGUUGUGUGGAUUUAACUUUGAUGAAAUCAUAGUCCCCUUAAGGCUGGAUUUUGGUGCACAAAUUAAAGAGGGCAAUUUAAAAAAAACCCAGCAUGACCAAAGUUACUCAGGUGAGCAUUGUGGCCCAUGGGUCUUGUUUUCCUUAGCGUAUCACUGGAAGUCAAAAUUGCUUGUACCAGUUUAUUGUGUAGUGAAAUGCUUGUUAGUGAAUACUGCAUAAGUGUGAUAAUUUUCAUGAUAUUAGUGCUUUCAAGGGGAUGGAGCUUCAGAAUGGAAGAUGUAUUCUUGUGUGAGAAUACAUUCAUAGAAACGGGACAUAUGGAGUCAUUUGUGUAAAAUUCACCAAAAACUGGAGAAACCAAAAUAAACUUAGAGAGUACAUUGCUAUGUGUUGCAUUUCUAUUAUAGUCUACUGUGAUCCACUGUAAUUCACAUACAGAAAUCAUUUUUCUUCUAUAUCUUUAAGAGGACUCGGUGGUCACUACUAUUUGUAUACCAUUAAACUUCCUGGGAAAGUAGAGCUCUGUAUAAAAAUAUAGGAAAUUGUGUUAAAUAUUAUAACUUGAAUAUUUUUCUUUACUAAAUAAUAGUUAAUGGCUAUAAAAAUCAUAUCUUAUAUUUUUAAGUGGAUCUGUUGGUUAAUUUGUCCAGGCCUCCUUAUAUUUGUUUUUAUUACAUUCUUCAUAAUAAAUGUAAAGCAAACUGUACGGUUGGGAUUUGGAGAGUGAGAAACUCUAGAAAUAUUAUACCAUCAUGUUUCACUUUGGAUACGGAAUUCUUCUUGUCUAAUACAGUAUUUUCCAAGGGUAUAGACAGGACUUAUCAGAUGCUCACAAGAUUAUCCUCAAACAUGGGAAUACACGUAAUUAUCAAACGUAAAAUUUGCUUGAUUUCUGUAGCUGUUAAUUAUUAGCUUCCAAUUGUUAUUGUUUGCUAUAUACACUUAUCAACUUAUAUCUUACUUCUGUCAUCAUUUUUCACAUAAAAAUGAUAAAUAAAAUCAUAAAAAGUU